AUGGGGCUGAGCGAAAACAAAUCUCUUCGGUUCAAAGCGGACCUCGCCGAAGCCUGGAGGACCGUGGCGGACAAGUACGGCAACGACAGCCUGGCCUGCGAGGAACUCAGAGAGAUAAGCGAAGAGGCCCUGCCGCUGCUGGUCCAGCACCUCGACACCGACGGCGACGAUCGGAUCGCGUUCGAUGACUUCAUGGCCGGCAAACACACGGACACCGAUGGCGAGCACCACGGGUAUCCGCUGCUCGCCCGUGCGGCCACGUCCCAAGCGCACACGGAGGUGAUCAAAGUGCUGAGCCACCAGCUCUUACAGGCCGCGUCUCAUUCUGAUGAUGGCCACAUCACCAUCGACGACUUUCUCAACACCCUGCGCAACAUCUCAAUUGCCCUGCAAGACUUCUCGCUCAAUCUGCCGCGUCAGCUCGCCCAACCCAUCGCAGAUGCCAAAUCGCUCGAGUCGGCCGAAGCGGAGCUCACCAAGCUCAACGCCAAGCUGAAAGCCGAGGUCGAAGCACUCGCUGGAAAUAGGGACGAAGAUCAACGCACUCGGUCCGAGAUGGAGGAAAUGGAAUACACGAUCGGGGUGCAGAAGGAGGCGCUCGCGGAUCUCGAGAAGAGCCUCGAAGAGAAAGAGCGGACCCUCGCGACGGUGCAGGAGCAGAACGGACAGCUGGUGGCUGCGUUGAUGAAAGCUGCCCAGGAGGCCAAAGAUCUGGGCGACGCCAAGAGCGACCUCGACAUCGAACUCUCCAAGCACCAGCUUCAGCUCUCCACGGCU